CCGAGAGGCCAGGCCUAUCGGCUAUCGCCGAACAAAGGCGAAGGCAGGGCAAGCAGUUCGAGGCGAGGCCGCCGGGCAAGGAAUCGGAAGCAGCUGGGACGUGGAAAAACCCAACCACCAACCAGCCAGCAGGGUGCCGAGCCGUCGAAGCUUCUGGGCCACGCCGCCACAAAAGGGGAAGGAAGACAAAGCCCUCGCCCCCGAUGCCUCCGCUCCUCACCUCACCCGCCUCCUCCCCUCUCCGCCUCGCCUCUCGCCUCGGCGCCCUCCACGGCCCCGGGCCCCUCCUCGACCACCACCACCACCGCGCCGCCGCCUCGGUCCACUUCCUCGCGCCGCGCAGGAAGACCCGCCCGGCCCCGGCGAUGAGCUGGCUGGGGAAGCUGGGCCUGAGCGGGCUGGGCGGCAGCCCGCGCGCGUCGGAGGCGUCGGCGGCGCUGGCGCAGGGGCCCGACGAGGACCAGCCCGCUCCCGGGAACGAGUUCGCGCAGUUCGGCGCAGGAUGCUUCUGGGGCGUGGAGCUCGCGUUCCAGCGCGUCCCGGGGGUCACGCGCACGGAGGUGGGCUACAGCCAGGGGAACCUCCACGAGCCCACCUACGAGGACGUCUGCACCGGCGCCACCAACCACAACGAGGUCGUCCGCGUGCAGUACGACACCGCCGCCUGCAAGUUCGACGACCUCCUUGACGUCUUCUGGGCGCGCCACGACCCCACGACGCCCAAUCGCCAGGGCAAUGACGUUGGAACCCAGUAUAGGUCAGGGAUCUACUACUACACCCCGGAGCAGGAAAAGGCGGCGAGAGAAUCCCUGGAGAAGCAGCAGGAGCUUCUGAACCGGAAGAUAGUCACCGAGAUCCUCCCUGCCAAGAGGUUCUACAGGGCAGAAGAGUACCACCAGCAGUACCUCGAGAAGGGAGGCCGCUUCGGGUUCAGGCAGUCUGCAGCCAAGGGCUGCAACGACCCCAUCCGUUGCUACGGAUGAGAGCAAAAUGGUCCACCUCGAAUCUUGCCUGAAUAAAGAUGCAUCAGAGCCAGAUUUUCUACUACUUUCCUAUCUUUGUUUUGCCACCAUUGAACGGCUGUAAGAAUUAGCUGUACCAUGGUACUUGCAAUGAUUCGUGUAAAGACGACCUUACCAGGUUUGGGAAACAUAAUAGUGUCCAUGUGAGUGCUAUUUAAGCUGAAACCCACCCUUGUUAAAUUUGUAUAAAUGCUAUGUUAGUGCAAUUGAAGCUUAAACCGAUCCUUGUAAAAA